AUGGUUGAAGAGCAUUUUAGAUGCUUCAUGUCUGGGUUAAGAAGAUCUAACAAUAAAAUUAUCUGUCAUAGAGGUAGGAAAAUCUUAAAAAGUAAAACUGAAAAUCUAUUUUCAGAAUUACCGGCCUUAUACGACAAUGAUGAAGAUGAUUCGAUGUUCGGAAUUCUCAGUGUUUACCGUCGAUCAACUUUACAUACCAGUCAUUCAGCAGAGUUGGAUAACGAGACGAAGACGACAACUUCUCAAAUACAAGACAAGGAUAUAUCUACACCUACUCAAAGGAAGUCAAAGUCACGUGAUCAGCCAAGAGCUAUCGACAUGUUAUAUCACAAAAUGUUAAGAAAUCUGUCAAGCGGCGAUGAUCCCAAAAGAAAAUAUUCUCCAAUAAAGCUUAUAGACUCGGGAACUUUCGGUCACGUGAUUCUAGCCAAAACGAAGCAGAACGGUUGUAUGGUUGCCAUCAAGAUAUUAGAGGUUAAAAAACAACCAUUUACUGUGUUGGCUAACGAGGUGACCAUAAUGAAGAAGAUCUACCAUGAUAAUGUUGUCACCGCUUUAGAUGCGAUUUAUGUGGAAGCUGUAAAGAAAUUCUGGCUUGUCAUGGAAUACGUGAAUGGGUGUUCGCUAAAGAAGAUUGUAAGAAAUGUAGCGUUAGAAGAAGGACAUAUAUGUUUCAUAUCUAGUCAAUGUGUGAAAGGUUUGGACUAUCUUCAUAAAGAAAGCAUAGUUCAUAGAGAUAUAAAAAGCAGCAAUGUGUUGGUGGAUAUAUAUGGGAGAGUAAAGAUAACGGAUUUUGGUACCAGCUACAUAUAUGAUAAAAAUGCCAAGAAGAACGAAAUUGUUGGCUCACCGUGCUAUAUGGCACCGGAAGUGGUGGCUAGGUAUAUAUAAAACAUAUCUUUAUAAAGUAUUCCGUUUUCAUUUAUAAUGCUUAAAUUAAUUCACUUGACAAGUAACUACAUGACAUUGAUAAAAUAUUUUAAAACACUUUCAGGCAAACUUUUAAAACUUUUUCUUUAUAUACUUUUUAUUUUAUGAUUCUUUAUAUACUAUUAAAGGAAAACAGUAUUAGAAAAGAAAUUAAAAGAUAUUUUUAGAAUCUCAUUCACCGUUUAGCAAGUCAAAACUCCGUGUAUAAAGAUUUUAGACGGUUUAUAUAUAUUAACGGCUGUAAAUUUAUAUAACCCGAGUAUACACACGGUCAUAUAACCUGUCGAAAGUCUUCAUAAGUUAAAAAAAAUAUGAUAAAGCACAAAUACUAUACUUGAAAAAAAGAAAAGAAAAUUAUUUAAAAAAAACUAACAGCAUUAGUGUAUAUACAUAAACGUCACGAUUAUCCAAUGAAAACGUCUUUGCUAAAGGUAAAUCUUGUACAAUGUAUAAGUAUUAUAAAUAAAACUUUGUUAAAACAUAAGCAUUUAGUUCUGUUACAGAAUUUUCAAACAUUUGCCAUAUUUCUAACACUGUUACCGUUCUCGUUAUUUCAGGAAACCGUAUGAUUAUAAGAUAGAUAUAUGGAGUUAUGGUAUAACCCUAAU